GCCGGGAGGAGGAGGCGGCGGCGGCGGUGGCGGGAUGGAGCCCGUGGCCGCGCCCCGGCCCGACAUGGCGCCGGAGCUGACCCCGGAGGAGGAGCAGGCCACCAAGCAGUUUCUUGAAGAGAUUAACAAGUGGACGGUGCAGUACAACGUCUCCCCGCUCUCAUGGAAUGUGGCUGUCAAGUUCCUCAUGGCCAGGAAGUUUGAUGUGCUCCGUGCCAUAGAGCUGUUCCACUGUUACAGAGAAACACGCAGGAAGGAAGGGAUUGUGAAGUUGAAACCUCAUGAGGAGCCCCUCCGUUCGGAAAUCCUCAGUGGCAAGUUCACCAUCCUGGAUGUUCGGGACCCAACGGGAGCCUCCAUUGCCCUCUUCACUGCCAGACUGCAUCACCCCCACAAGUCAGUCCAACACGUGGUACUUCAGGCUCUGUUCUACUUGCUGGACAGAGCUGUGGAUAGCUUUGAAACGCAGAGGAAUGGGUUGGUGUUUAUCUAUGACAUGUGCGGCUCCAAUUAUGCCAACUUUGAGUUGGAUCUCGGAAAGAAAGUCCUAAACCUGCUGAAGGGAGCGUUUCCUGCCCGCCUGAAGAAAGUGCUGAUCGUGGGGGCACCCAUGUGGUUCCGGGUGCCCUACUCCGUGGUCAGCCUCCUCCUGAAGGACAAGGUCCGGGAGCGGAUCCAAAUCCUAAAGACAUCUGAGGUCACCCAGCACCUCCCCAGGGAGUGCCUUCCAGAAAACCUGGGUGGAUACGUGAAAAUUGACCUGGCCACUUGGAAUUUCCAGUUCCUGCCCCAGGUGAACGGCCACCCAGAUCCCUUCGACGAGAUCAUCCUGUUCUCCCUUCCUACAGCCUUAGACUGGGACUCGGUGCACGUUCCAGGUCCGCAUGCCAUGACCAUCCAAGAACUGGUGGACUACGUGAAUGCCAGGCAAAAGCAGGGCAUCUAUGAGGAGUACGAAGACAUCCGCCGGGAAAACCCUGUGGGCACUUUCCACUGUUCCAUGUCUCCUGGGAACCUUGAGAAGAAUCGCUAUGGGGAUGUCCCCUGUCUGGACCAAACCAGAGUGAAGCUGACGAAACGGAGUGGCUACGCUCAGACAGAUUACAUCAAUGCCAGUUUCAUGGAUGGCUAUAAGCAGAAGAAUGCUUACAUCGGCACCCAAGGUCCUUUGGAGAAUACGUACCGGGAUUUCUGGCUCAUGGUCUGGGAGCAGAAGGUCCUGGUGAUUGUCAUGACCACCCGCUUCGAAGAAGGCGGCAGGAGAAAGUGUGGCCAAUACUGGCCUUUAGAAAAAGACUCUCGGGUCCGAUUUGGCUUCCUCACCGUGACCAACCUAGGCGUGGAGAACAUGAACCAUUAUAAGAAAACAACGCUAGAAAUUCAUAACACAGAGGAGCGGCAGAAACGCCAGGUAACCCACUUCCAGUUCCUGAGCUGGCCAGAUUAUGGCGUCCCUUCCUCAGCAGCUUCCCUCAUCGACUUCCUGAGAGUGGUCCGAAGCCAACAGAGCCUGGCCGUCAGCAGCAUGGGCGCGCGCUCCAGAGGCCAGUGCCCUGAGCCACCCAUUGUGGUCCACUGCAGUGCGGGCAUUGGCAGGACAGGUACCUUCUGCUCACUGGACAUUUGCCUGGCACAGCUGGAGGAGCUCGGCACCCUUAAUGUGUUCCAGACGGUGUCACGCAUGAGGACCCAGCGCGCCUUCAGCAUCCAGACCCCUGAGCAGUACUAUUUUUGCUACAAGGCCAUCCUGGAAUUUGCAGAGAAGGAGGGCAUGGUGCCCUCUGGCCACAGCCUACUGCCCAUGGAGGGCCAGUAACUGUCCCCGGGCCAGUCCCUGCUGGACGGCCUUCCUUACCCUGCUACCCUGGAUGUCACUGAGUCUGUGGGCUGCUGUUGGUGGACCUGCCGAAGCCAUGGAUCCUCCUCUUCGUCGUGUCUCCCAGGCCCGUGUGCACGCAGGCAGCCCUUCCCUUUGGCUGGGUCCCCGUGGUGGAGCUGCCCCGCGCAAGGGCUGGCAGCCAUGUGUUCUCCACUUCCUAACACCUGCUCUCGAACUGUGCCUUAUGAAAACCCAACUGUGGCUAUUGAGUUUUGCCAGGGGCCCCGAGGUAAGUGGGAAGGAGUGAGCCCCUCUUUCCUGUUGCCAUUCUUUUGGGGGUCUCCCUUCUCCCACUCCUUCCCAUGCCUGGGGUCUGUUGGUGUGGUGAGCAGCCGCUGCCUUCCUCCCUGGAGAACCUGACUGAGUUCCAUGUUCUAGAGGUUGUCCUGAGUGCCAAGCAUGUGUGUACGUCGGGCGCGUAUCCCGGUCCUCCCUGCCGUCGUGUGUGUGCGCGUGGAUGUGCGCUUCUGUGUAUGGGUCCACAUGGACGAGUGUAUAUACUAUCUAUUGUAUGUGACACUAUGGGCAUAUUCUAUAAAUACAUAUACACACACAUACUCCUUUGUAGAAGUUCCUGCGGCUCUGGGUUGCAGUUCAGACCCACUUCUUAGACCCUGGACUAGCUGGGGCUCAGGGUCAGCCUCCUGCCAUCAGAGCACUAGGUGGGGGGAGGGUACACCCAUUCUCUGUGCCCCUGCCGCAGGCCUCCUCCUGCAGUAACGCUGCCCCUUCCCCUGGAUGCUGCCCCGUGGGGUCACAAGUCCUGGUUUGUGGUGACACUGGUUGAAUUCAGCAUGGAUCACCCUUAGCUAAUGAUUGUUCUGUUUACUUUGCCAAUUUGGGGAACAGACCUCCACUGUGAGUCCAGACCCUUUCCCCUCCCUGCCGUGGGCUUGGGGAGGCUAUGAGCAAGCCGGGGCAGAGCGGGGUCAAUGAGCAGCCAGAGCCAAAUGCAAUCGGUACGAAGUCUUCGGAAGGAAAGCAGGGAAGCCCUGCUGUGAAAGCGGAGACUGCUGGGAGCAUGUCUCCCCGCGAGGACGGGCUGGGCCCUAUGUCCUCUUGUCCUUCCGCAGCUUGGCCCUGCUACCCACCAAGAUGCCCAUCUGCCUCUGGCCAUGUGCCAAUGACAAGCUGCACCCCCUGGCUGGGUGAUGGGGUACCUGUGAUCACAGUUUGCCCUUCUCCACCCACCAUGACCCUGCCUGCUCCUGGCCUGUUGUGCCAGGGACAGAAUCAAACACCCCAGCAUUCCACAUUCCCAAGAGCAUCCUGGGAACCCCUAAACCUCCUUACCCCUGUCAGAAGAUGAGGUUGGCAGCUCAUCAGACCUCGAUAACUUUAUACUGUAAUAAGCUCUUUGAAUGUGUAUAUUCUUAUUUUUUACAAUCAUUUCAUUUUGUAUUUAACAUCAAUGGACUGAGUCAGAUUCUGAAGAUAAUUGUAAUGUUCAAUAUCUUACAGCGAUACAGUUUUGUAUUUACAUAUAAAUAUAUCAACAUGA